AUGGGAUGCAUCAAACUUAAAAAUAUUUUCGGCGAACACUGGAAACAGUCGUAUCGUGACCUAAAAAUCAGCGCCAAACCAACUCAAUCCUGCGGAUUAGCAUCCAGCUCAAAGAACAUCGCUGUUGGUUUUAUAAUUUUAUUUUUAUUUUUCUACGGUGGAAUCGUUUCAAUAAUUGACAUUAACAACUAUGAGAGAAAUCCACCAGUUUACAAGCUCUUAGGACAUACGGGAUCAAUUCUUGAUAUUGAUUUUAAUGGAUUCAAUGAGAACAUUCUUUGCUCAUCUUCUGAUGAUUGCUCAAUCAAAAUUUGGGAUAUUUCAAACUUAGAGUCUAAAGAGUUAAAUGAAUCAACUUUUACUCUCCAAGGACACAGAAUGAAAGUUACAAACCUCAAGUGGAACCCAACUGUUGACUAUGCUCUUCUUACCACAUCUUUCGACUGUACGGCUAAAGUCUGGGAUGCAUCAAACGGAAAGGAAAUAUUUUCAACUUCUAUUUGUGAGCAUCCUUCUUCAUGUUCCUGGACGCCUAACGGAGACAAGAUUUUAGUUUCAACCAAAGAAGCAAAUGUAUCACUGAUUGACCCGAGAUCAGGAAAUUGCUGCACCAAAUUCAAGGCUCACGACUCGAAUAAGUUGACAAAUGCUUUAUGGCUUGGAGGACAUUACGGAGAUGACCACUUAUUUACGAGCGGUUUUGUUGAUAAUAAGACCAGACAAAUCAGGGUUUGGGAUACACGCAAACUUGACAAACACUUGAUUUCGAAUGAUAUCGACAGUUCACCUUCACCCUUGAUUCCACACUGGGAUCCUCAAAUUGGGUUGAUUGUGCUUGCUUCAAAGGGAGACUUAACAGUCAGAAUCUUCCAAUACAUUGAUAAGGAACUCAACAGGGCAGGGGAGUUCAAGGCCACUGGCUCCAUGAAGUCUUUCUGCUUGGUUCCCACUGAUAUUUGUGAUAGAACGAAGUGUGAAUUAGGAAGGUUCUUAUUCAAUACUGAUUGCAAACAGAUAAAUCUUACAUCCAUGUUCAUCAUCAGGAGGAAUUCCGCAACGACUAUGAACGAACUUUACGGAGAGGAAUAUGAUACUGCAAGGUACUCUGUACGUGACUGGGAAGCAGGAAUUGAGAAGAACUUGGGCAAUCUUACAAUUUCCAAAAGCAAGUGCACACAAAUGAUCAAAGAUAAGGAUGCCGGAUGCAAGUUUAGAGAAAUUUCCAAAACCAUCCAGGAGUGUAAUGCCAAAUACGGAACCAACUUUAACAAUCCAGAAUUGAUCCCGGUCUUGGAGCAACUUAAAGACAACAUUACUGAUCUUAUUAAAACAAUCAAGACGUAA